UGGCUGUGGAUUCUGACUGCUUUGCAAAUGGGUAUUUCUUCCAAGAACUGGAUUUCCAGCACUCACUAAGACAGACCUCUGAGUAACUGGGGACUCGGCCUGCCUUGCCUCCGGAGCUUGGGGAAGAGCGGAUGGAGAUGAGUUGAUUAUAUUCCAUGAAGUAAUAGCUCACCACCAGCCGGGGUUUAAACUACUUUUGCAGCAUCACUUCACCUGUGGACUCUUCUAAAUUUUGCUUUCUUGGGGAAAAAACUAGGGUAAGAGGAGGUCGUUUUUAACAAGUUAACGUCAUCCUCCCUCCCUUACAAGUUGAUGCAAAGGAUAAGGCUGUGACUCCAUUGGAUUGCACCUUCAAAUCAAAAUAGGAGAAGAAAGGGACAAUGGCUCUGAGUGGAAACUGUAGUCGUUAUUAUCCUCGAGAACAAGGGGCUGCAGUUCCCAACUCCUUCCCUGAGGUCGUGGAGCUGAAUGUUGGGGGUCAAGUUUAUUUUACUCGCCAUUCUACUUUAAUAAGCAUCCCUCAUUCCCUCCUGUGGAAAAUGUUUUCCCCAAAGAGAGACACGGCUAACGAUCUAGCCAAGGACUCCAAAGGAAGGUUUUUCAUUGACAGAGAUGGAUUUUUGUUCCGUUAUAUUCUGGACUAUCUCAGGGACAGGCAGGUGGUCCUGCCUGAUCACUUUCCGGAAAGGGGAAGACUGAAACGGGAAGCGGAGUACUUCCAGCUCCCAGACUUGGUCAAACUCCUGACCCCCGAUGAAAUCAAGCAAAGCCCGGAUGAAUUCUGCCAUAGUGAUUUUGAAGAUGCCUCCCAAGGAAGCGACACGAGAAUCUGCCCCCCUUCCUCCCUGCUCCCUGCCAACCACAAGUGGGGUUUCAUUACUGUGGGUUACAGGGGGUCCUGCACCAUGGGCAGAGAGGGGCAGGCAGAUGCCAAGUUUCGGCGAGUUCCCCGGAUUUUGGUUUGUGGAAGGAUUUCCUUGGCAAAGGAGGUCUUUGGAGAAACUUUGAACGAGAGCAGAGACCCUGACCGAGCCCCAGAAAGAUACACCUCCAGAUUUUAUCUCAAAUUCAAGCAUCUGGAAAGGGCUUUUGAUAUGUUGUCAGAGUGUGGAUUCCACAUGGUGGCCUGUAACUCCUCAGUGACAGCAUCUUUCGUUAACCAAUAUACAGAUGACAAGAUCUGGUCAAGCUAUACUGAAUACGUCUUCUACCGUGAGCCUUCUAGGUGGUCCUCCUCGCACUGUGAUUGCUGCUGCAAGAACGGCAAGGGCGACAAAGAAGGGGAGAGCGGCACGUCUUGCAACGACCUCUCCACUUCCAGCUGCGACAGCCAGUCUGAGGCCAGCUCUCCCCAGGAGACGGUCAUCUGUGGGCCCGUGACACGCCAGACCAACAUCCAGACUCUGGACCGUCCCAUCAAGAAGGGCCCCGUCCAGCUGAUCCAACAGUCAGAGAUGCGGCGGAAAAGCGAUCUGCUCCGGACUCUGACUUCGGGCUCCAGGGAGUCGAAUAUGAGCAGCAAAAAAAAGGCUGUUAAGGAAAAGAUCUCAAUUGAGGAAGAGCUGGAGAAAUGCAUCCAGGAUUUCCUCAAGAUCAAAAUUCCCGAUCGGUUUCCCGAGAGGAAACAUCCUUGGCAAUCUGAACUCUUACGGAAGUAUCAUCUAUAGGGGGGGGCUGGGGGGUGGCAGAAGAAACAAAUCGUGUCACCAUUUUGAAAGAAAUCUUCUAAAAGAAAUUCAUAUUUGAAAAGAAAAAUACUAACUAACAAUACACAUUUGUUAGACCACAAUAGCCCAUUGAUAUACUACUGCCUACUUACCUAGUUCACCUUAACAUGUAAAUCCACAGGGUAGAUUUCUUUCCGGAUGUGGAAGUAUAAGAAAAUCUUUUUUUGGUUCUUUGUUUGUUUGUUAACUUAGUCCCAUGUGCUGAAUAUCUUAUCUAUAAUGAGAGCCGGCUACAUAAGAGUAGCUGAGAGGCCUUGGGAGUCAUUGAUCUCAAACUGGGUUUUUCUCUCAUCUUCUACCUCCCUGCUUUGAACAAGAAGAUGGUAGAAAGAGAUCUGGCCCAAUGGCAUACGUUUGGAUUUUUUAAAUUUUCCUUUUCCCUUUGUUUAUGGGGUAGUGGGGAAAAUGACAGAUUUAUAUGACUUUUCACUCAAAUCUAUUAUGUGCCAGUUUAUAUCGACUCCUUAUGCAUGAGUAUUUGUGCAACACAAGCACAACGAAGUAUGUAUAUACACACAGUGCACAUGACCCCAGGGCCUGGACAUCCUGAGGGGGGUGCCCCUGCUCCCCACAGCUCCUUCUAAGAGCACUUCAGACAGAUGAGCCUCUGCUCUUUUCUUAAAAUCCUUCUGGGAAGGUUUCCCAGCCUCUCUUGGCAACACUUUCUAACAUUGAAUAACCCUCAUCAUCAACCGGUUGUCUUCCUGAUUUUGAAAUCAAGACCCAUAGGCUCCAUUUUACUGUGCUGUUCUUUCUCUGUACUAGGAGAGGGUGAGAAGAGCUAGUCAAACAUUCUUUGUGUUAAAA